GUUGUGACUUCUGCAAAAGCCCAAUUUUAUCAGUGGUGUAAUGCGUUCACAAAUUUACUGAACACCGACGGCUCUGGAGUUCCUUCCCGCAUCGUCAUAAGAAUAUUUGGAGGAGAUGCUCUGACGUUUUGUAACGCCAUCCAAUACUGUUAUGUCUCUCGAGAUACUACCGCUCCUGUCCUUGUUGCCCCUUGGACUGGAUCUUGGCUCGAUCUUGAUGGUGGUGAUUAUCGCGAAAACGCAAUGUGUCCAGCACCGUCGAGUUUCAAUGUUAUUGAUACUUCGAACAUCAUGGACCACGUAGGUUUCAUCAAUGUCCUCACUGUGGUUUCUCCACUACUCAAGCAUAGUCCAUCAUCUGUCAUCUACACCGACGGUUUACUAUCUCCUGGAAAGAAUCCUGUUACAAAUCUUUUAGAGCAUACUUGCGCUGAUCUGCCGACUAUCGCGUUCCUGUUUGAUUUGAUGCCAACUCAUUUUGCAUCUCGAUCAGGGCCCUCUGCGACAACUUCCCCUCGUACUACAGGAUAUUGUCCUUCCCAAACUCAUGAACGAAUAACUUGGAAGAUUGCACGCGUUGCUGAUGAAGCGCAUAAUCAGGACGAACUCGUGAAUUGCAGUGUGGUGUUUAACCCACAACAGCUGGCCAAGUUGUUGUUCAACAUGUAUCUUAACAUGUUUGCGGACGAAAACUGGUGGGUCAAGAUGAGAAGUCUACGCGCAAUCCAAAACAGUACUCUCGUUCAUUACGUCCGUCGUACAUUUGCGCAAGUACUGAGACUCGCGAUGGACAAAAUAGAAGUGGAUUGGGAGGAAGUUAUGGAUACGUUUUGUCAGUUUGUCCAGUACGAUAG